GAACGCCUCAAAGCUAUCAAGCUAAGACUUCCGGGAACCUAGACGCUUUGUCGCAGCGUUUGCAUCACACGCAAGAGGCCAUUGGAAGACGUCAUACGCAACGCGACGACUGGUAAAAGAGGAGCAGAAAGGGCAAGCAAUUCUACAGAGCUUUGGAUAGCUGAAGGCUUAGAUAUGAAAUUAAAGGAUUUUAGCCGCUGGAAUAUCAGGUUCUCGGUAGUGUACGCAGUUGGGAUCUGGGUAAUGAUCACCGGUUACGCCUACUUUCACGUAAAGCAGAAGGACGCAGUAACGACGAGUCACCCACUGCAGCAAGGUGAAUGUGUGGCCCCUGCCUUGUAUUUAGAGGAGGAAAUUCAAGACACUGCAGCGAUACCUAUGCAGUCAGAAGAAAGAACACCUGGUCUCCAUAUAAAGAAUUCUGUUGUCUUCAAAGACAAUUUUGUUCCUUUUUCUAGAAGAAUUUACAAUUUAGUAAGUCCGCUCCUCCCUUCUUCCCCUGCCACAACUGGAAGUGAUUCAUCGGAGAAAUAAGCCCUCGGGCUUGGAGUGUGAAUCUUAAUUUUCCAGCGAGCAUUGCUGGAUUUCUAAAGAUGUUCUCCAGGAGAUGUGACAGUUGAGUUGCACAAAGACUGUAUAUGUACAAUAAACCAGCAGGCUGCUUCUGGACACUCCGUCUCAUAGUGAAUGGCAGAUUUAACGUUCUCAGCAAAGUCUGACAAAUGUGUACAAUUGCCAUUGACUUUGCUUUCAAUUGGCCAUGUUUUAAUGGAGUAUUUACAAAGUACAAUUUCUGUGAGAGCGUCAAAUUAAAGUCUUGCAGUUAAGGCUCAA